GAGGUACGGUAAUUAUAGAUAGUGAUAAUCCACUAUGCGCAGCCCUGGGAUGGUGGAUGCUGGGAUUCGUCGCCUCGUCGGCAAGCGAGUCGAAUGUAUGCUCAAAGCUUGCACGUUCAUAACCAGACCGGCCAGCCAGCAGCAGCAGCAGCAUCCCGCUCACCGUCGCCAUCGUCGCUUUUCAUUCCUUCCACCAUUCCUCUUACCAUAUACCAAACUCAUCAUCACCGCCCUACCACAAAUAGCCUCAUUUCUUACCUUGAGUCUACAGCCGACACGUCGUACGCCAAGCACAUUUGACGGCAGACAAGAUCGUUGCUGCUCGUCAACGGCCAGAGCCCAGCAUCAUCCUCUUUGCCAUCUCCACUACACACGCCAAUAACGACGCGGCGUGCCACGUCUGCUAUCCCAUCGACACGUUUGCGCUCGCGCUCUCUGAUGAUAAGAUAUUCGUCCACGCCGCGAUACAACUCGAAUUCGUCCGCUUUUUAGUCAAUUCCAGGCUCGCGAC